CCUGUUGAUGCAUUAUAGAUAAUAAUACAAGACUUUCUGAGGUAUCUAAAAUGAUGUUUAUUUCUUUUAACCCUUUGCAGUGGAUACAGUUGGAGAAUGCAGAGUCUGGGCAGCUCCAUAUCAAGCUGGAACGUCUCCAGCUUCUUUCAGACCCUACCAAGUUGGAAGAGGUGCUGAAAGAAAAUGAGCAAACUCAGACAGAGAGAAGAACGCAGAUGUCUUCAGCAGUUCUCUACACCUUUAUUGAGAAAGCAAGGGGUCUACCUGUUGUACAGGUGCAGAAAGGCAAACUGAACCCACUGGCUGUGGUGAAGGUUGCCAUUCAAGACUCCGUCCAGGAAACUGGAAGCAAAGUGAAGAACGGAGAAGUAGAGUGGAAAAGGAGGUUCCAGUUCUUAUUAAGGAACCCACUCACUGAGGAACUGAAGCUUAUGUUACAUGAUGAACGCCAGAAACCUCUUGGAUGUGUUGCUGUGCCCCUAUCACAACUUGUGGAUGCAGCAGACAUGACCAUAGAGGACUGGCUGCCCCUGGAAUCGACAGAAGAGAAUAGAGACAUUCGAGUGAAACUGCAGUUGAGGAUUUUGGCCCCUCAUCCUUACAGUGUAAAGGAAGAGAACCAAAUCCCUGAGGAAAUCACCAGGGUUCCUUUGUUCCAUGGAGAGACCAAAGCUCAAAUUUCCAAACGGAAAUCAUGGGCCAAAGUCAGGAAACUAUUUGCCAAGAAGAAAUAGAACUACAUGGCAUCACUGGUAUUUGUAAGGCCUCCAUACAAGAACAGUAUGUUGGACUAAAAAGAUUUAGAAAGGGGAGUGCAACAUAAAAGACACCCAGUAAGCUCAUCUGGAGGCCAAGCAAGCCAGAAUGCCCAACAAACACAGGGUGCUGAGGAGGAUGAAGGAGGAGGAAGAGGAGGAUUUAAUACCAACACCAAUACAAGAGCACCCAUUUAAUGUAUGUGAAAAUUAACUGGAGAUUAAAAAACAGCACUCCCCACAGUCAGAGGAGGAGAAUGGAGGAGGAAGAGGAGGUUUUAAUUUCCAAGGAUUGAUUUAGAAAAAUGUUUUAAUGUUAAGGGGCCAUUUCUGUGCCAGAUGGGCCAUCUCCUCACCCCAUCUAAUGCGCUUAGAGAAGAUUGUGUUUGGACCCAGUUUAAGCUCUGAGCCAUGUGCCGUUUUGGGGUUGAGGAGAUCGAAAAUGUCCAUUAGGCAAAAGCAACAUGCAACAAAACUGGACUUCAAACAGUUUGAGGAUGAGGAAGAAGAGAAAGAAGAAGAAGAGGAGGAAGAAGAAGAAGAAGAGGAGAAGUUAACAUCAAUAUCAUUGCUGCUACCUGAGGCCUCUGCACAUAAAUAAAUGCAUGGGCCUAAACGUCACUACUCUGAGACACUGAGCCCCUUUCUUUUAAAGCUA